GUAAGGCAGGCAACCAAUCAGAUUGUGAUGAAUUGUGCUGAUAUUGACAUUAUUACAGCUUCAUAUGUGCCAGAAGGAAAUGAAGAAAUCCACGCUACAGGAUUUAACUAUCAGAACGAGGAUGAGAAAGUCACCUUGUCCUUUCCUAGUACUCUCCAGACAGGUACAGGAACUUUAAAGAUAGAUUUUGUUGGCGAGCUGAAUGACAAAAUGAAAGGUUUCUAUAGAAGUAAAUACACCACCCCUGCUGGAGAGGUGCGCUAUGCUGCUGUCACACAGUUUGAGGCUACUGAUGCCCGGAGGGCUUUUCCUUGCUGGGAUGAGCCUGCUAUCAAAGCAACUUUUGAUAUCUCGCUGGUUGUUCCUAAAGACAGAGUUGCUUUAUCAAACAUGAAUGUAAUUGACCGGAAACCAUAUCCUGAUGAUGAAAAUUUAGUAGAAGUGAAGUUUGCCCGAACACCUGUUAUGUCUACGUAUCUGGUGGCAUUUGUUGUGGGUGAAUAUGACUUUGUAGAAACAAGGUCAAAAGACGGUGUGUGUGUCCGUGUUUACACCCCAGUUGGCAAAGCAGAGCAAGGAAAAUUUGCACUUGAGGUUGCUGCUAAAACCUUGCCUUUUUAUAAAGACUACUUCAAUGUUCCUUAUCCUCUACCUAAAAUUGAUCUCAUUGCUAUUGCUGACUUUGCAGCUGGUGCCAUGGAGAACUGGGGCCUUGUUACUUAUAGGGAGACCGCAUUGCUUAUUGAUCCAAAAAACUCCUGUUCUUCAUCACGCCAGUGGGUUGCUCUGGUUGUGGGACAUGAACUCGCCCAUCAAUGGUUUGGAAAUCUUGUUACUAUGGAAUGGUGGACUCAUCUGUGGUUGAAUGAAGGCUUUGCAUCCUGGAUUGAGUAUCUUUGUGUAGACCAUUGCUUUCCAGAGUACGAUAUCUGGACUCAGUUUGUUUCUGCAGAUUAUACUCGUGCCCAGGAACUUGACGCCUUAGAUAACAGCCAUCCUAUUGAAGUCAGUGUGGGCCAUCCAUCUGAGGUUGAUGAGAUAUUUGAUGCUAUAUCGUAUAGCAAAGGUGCAUCUGUUAUCCGAAUGCUACAUGACUACAUCGGCGAUAAGGACUUUAAGAAAGGAAUGAACAUGUAUUUAACAAAGUUCCAACAAAAGAAUGCUGCAACAGAGGAUCUCUGGGAAAGUUUGGAAAAUGCCAGUGGUAAACCUAUAGCUGCUGUGAUGAAUACCUGGACCAAACAAAUGGGAUUCCCUCUCAUUUAUGUGGAAGCAGAACAGGUAGAAGAUGACAGAGUGCUGAGGCUGUCUCAAAAGAAAUUCUGUGCCAGUGGACCAUAUGUCGGUGAAGACUGUCCUCAGUGGAUGGUUCCUAUCACAAUCUCAACUAGUGAAGAUCCCAGCCAAGCUAAACUAAAAAUACUAAUGGAUAAGCGAGAGAUGAAUGUAGUCUUGAAAAAUGUCAAACCAGACCAAUGGGUAAAGUUAAAUCUGGGAACAGUUGGGUUUUAUCGGACCCAGUACAGCUCUGCCAUGCUGGAAAGUUUAUUACCAGGCAUCCGUGACCUUUCACUGCCCCCAGUGGAUCGACUUGGAUUACAGAAUGACCUCUUUUCUCUGGCUCGAGCUGGAAUCAUUAGCACUGUAGAGGUUCUAAAAGUCAUGGAGGCUUUUGUGAAUGAGCCCAAUUAUACUGUAUGGAGCGACCUGAGCUGUAACCUGGGGAUUCUUUCAACUCUCUUGUCCCACACAGACUUCUAUGAUGAAAUCCAGGAGUUUGUGAAAGAUGUCUUUUCACCUAUAGGAGAGAGACUGGGCUGGGACCCCAAACCUGGAGAAGGUCAUCUAGAUGCACUCCUGAGGGGCUUGGUGCUGGGCAAACUGGGAAAAGCAGGGCAUAUGGCAACAUUGGAAGAAGCCCGUCGUCGGUUUAAGGAGCACGUGGAAGGAAAACAGAUUCUUUCUGCUGAUCUAAGAAGUCCUGUCUAUCUUACUGUUUUAAAGCAUGGGGAUGGCAGCACCUUAGAUAUUAUGCUAAAGCUUCACAAACAAGCUGAUAUGCAAGAAGAGAAAAACCGAAUUGAAAGAGUUCUUGGGGCUACUCUUUCACCUGAAUUGAUUCAAAAAGUCCUCACUUUUGCACUUUCAGAAGAGGUACGUCCACAGGACACUGUGUCAGUAAUUGGUGGAGUAGCUGGAGGCAGCAAGCAAGGGAGGAAAGCUGCUUGGAAAUUCAUAAAGGACAACUGGGAAGAGCUUUAUAAUCGAUACCAGGGAGGGUUCUUAAUAUCCAGACUAAUAAAGCUUUCUGUUGAGGGUUUUGCGCUUGAUAAAAUGGCUGGAGAAGUUAAGGCUUUCUUCGAGAGUCAUCCAGCUCCUUCAGCUGAGAGGACCAUCCAGCAGUGUUGUGAAAAUAUCUUGCUGAAUGCUGCUUGGCUAAAGCGAGAUGCUGAUAACAUUCAAGAGUACCUCCUCCAGCGGAGAGCCUCCCAACCCUCAGUGUGAAGCCUCCGCCCACCUGCCCACACCAAGGGCUUGCUGCCUUUCUGCAGGGAUGAGGAGGAGCUACCCAACAGCUGAUUCACAUGCCAAGAAUUGGAGUCUUAUACCAGUGGGGGUUGGACAAUGAAUGUAGUUAACUGGUUCCUGCUCACACUCCAGAAUUAAAUUCUAUUGAAAAAGGAAAAUCAGCAAUUCAGCAAAAACAAAAUAAAAAAUAAAAAAAAAUGUAAAUAUGAUAGUAAUAAACUAGAGCAUAAUGAAACUGUGAAACUUCCUGGAGCCUGUCAAAGUGUUGAACACUCUCCUGUUAGUGACAGAUGUUGUUUUAAAACCUACCAAAAGGAAAGAAAGGCUUUUGGGGAAAGGAUUUUUGUGAAGUGGGUUCUACAUGCAGCCUGACAAGCCGGGUAUGUCCACUGCUAGGGAUGCGGACCAGAAGGCUGAUACUGGCUCACAUAAUGGAGUCUGUGCAUAAUAAUUCCAAGUGGGUUGUUCUUUUGUUGUUGGGUUUUUUUUUUUUUCUUUUUUUUUUUUUUUUUUUUUUUUUUUUUUUUUUUUUUUCCUUUUUGGUAUGGGGACUGACCAGGAAGGUAUCUUUUCCUGCAUAACUCAAUCUGAACCAAGGAUUGUAGUUCCCUCCUUGCCUCCCUUCUGUGUGAUCCCCACCCCUCAAAAAAGUAAUGAAAAGUUUUUUAAAAAGUAAAACAACCACCACCCCUCUGUCCUGGGCUCUUCUCCCUUUGGUUCUGCCUAGCCCUGACCCUGUCCUUCUUAGAGAUUAUGAGAAACAUCUUUGACAGCCACAUUAAAUAAGAGGAGCUGGUAAUACUUUUCCUUCUUUUUUUUUAAGAUAACUUUUAAGAACCCUGAAAUGUAUAAUAGGUGAGAGAGUAGAAAUAAAGAUUAUCAGCCAGGCCUUUCUGCUGGAGUGAUUCUGCUCAAAAUGGCCCCAGUUACUGACAGGCCAAAUGCCGUACUCUUCCAAACAGUAUCAGUGAGCUCUGGUUCACCGCCUUGAGCAAAUGAGAAGCCAGUGGGGACUGCUGUAGGGUCCAGAUGGCCGCUGCACCACUGCUGCACCAGUUUGCCCACUAACGAGCCUCGCCACCUAACCCAGUCUCAGCCCCCUCCUCUUGCCUCAUUUUUCCUCUUUAUUUUUUCUGAAUUUUUUUUUGUGUUAACAGAAAUUCAUAUUUGGUGUGGCUUAAUGUAUUUCAGAAGGUUGUCAGAUUGUGAGACUGCUUCCUCAAAACAUUUUUGUGCUAUUGUUUUAAAAAAAUAAUAAUUAAAAAACAGUUGGCGUUAAUAAAAAUGUCAAUGUGAA